AAAUAUACAAACUCUCUCUGGGAACCUGUACCCCUUACUAUUCUAUAUUUCUUUCUUUUUUUUUUUUUCCUUUCCCCAAGAUUCCCCAUUGCAAGUUAUGGUGAAUUCUUGUGAUUUGUGAGCAAAUUUAGCAUAUUCUACUCCUUCCCAUGUAAAUUACUUGUUUAUGUUUUUAGCUUUUUACUGCAUCUGUUUCAUGUUGUGUUGUUAUAGUAUUUUAAUGUUCAGUGGAUAUCAACUUUUUAUCUCUGAAAUUCUCAAAAAUCCAUGGUGCUGUUGAGGUAUUAUUCUCUGCCUGCAACACCCAUCUGCCAUUUGGUGCUAUUCACAGUUCGCUCUGACUUCUCUGCUCACUGUUUUAGUGGUAGGGUAGAAUUAUUACGCUUUGAUUGGUAAGAUGCGUAUAAGGACUGGCUUAGUUUCUGCUUUUGAGCUUGGCUGGUUUUUCCUUAAUGGGUAGUAUUUAUGGCUUUAAUUAGCUCUUUGAUACUAAACUUCAACUGGGUAAAUAGAUAUUUCUUGCUUUCAUUAUCUUUUCGAUAUUAGACUCCAUAUGGGUCCAUUUUUCUGUUGGUGAAACAAGGUUUCAGAUAUUUUUAGGUCCUUUCUGUGCAUUACACAAGUAAUAUUCUAGCCGUUGUGGGUUUAAUUUCUUGCUAUGGUAAACCAGAACCCUUUCUGAUCUAAUGUACAGAACGAUUUGUGGUAGCUUUUCUUUCUUCCUUCUCGUUUUCAGGGAAGUCGUAUUGUAUGCUUUGUGUUUGAUGAUAUGCGUGCUGUAUAACGUUUUGUAAAAACUUGUGUUGCUGGGUUUUCAAGCAGAUUCGCAGUUACAUAAGAGUGAAAUACAGCCUGUAGCCUGUAUAAUAUAUAGAUUUAGCAAUAUGGGAUGGCAUCUGAGGUUUGGAUCUGGACGUAGAAGUGAUUUAAUAGAAGAAGAUUUUUAUGUUAGUAGAUAGUUUCUUUAGUAGUGUUUCGGUAUACUUGCUUGGUGUUGAAAGAAAAUGAGAUCCGUUGAGGACAAGAGUUGCUAUAACCUUGGAACAGCACAAGAGAUUUCAAGCAGUAUUAGUUUCGAGUUUCAUAAAGGGAAUGACAACAAUCGCGGUGGUUGUCGUCAGCGAACAGCUCUGGGCAAACCAACACCAUCAAAAUGGGAUGAUGCACAGAAAUGGUUGGUGGGAUUUUCAAGAGGGGGAGAGAAAAGCCAGUCCAAAGCCAAACCUCGGAACUCAAAUGCUGAUGACAGGAGACUAAUAGCCCCUGCUCCGCACAACUCCGGUGGUGAGGAGGAGGAAAAUGACUUCGCUGCAGUAAUGGAAACCGGAUUCGAAGUGGAAACAAAGAAGGUGGAUUGUGAUGAUUCGGUUUGGACAAUCAACAAAGAGGUGCAGAAUUCAACAAGUUUGGGUGUGAGAUCAGUUUGUGUGAGAGAUAUGGGGACUGAGAUGACCCCUAUUGGUAGCCAGGAGCCUUCAAGAACAGCCACUCCAAUACGGGCUACAACACCUGUAGCAAGGAGUCCUAUAUCUUCAGGAUCCUCCACUCCAGUAAGGUGUCAACACGGCUACCAAACUACUGAGAACAGAGGUGGGGUUAGUCCUGUUCCCACUAAUACAGAUCAGGCUGUCAAGAUUACUCACCAGAAGAACAAUUGUGAUCAAGCUGCAAAUCUAAACCCUCUAGAAACCCGAGCAGUGGCUUGGGAUGAAGCAGAACGAGCCAAGUAUAUGGCAAGGUACAAGAGAGAAGAGGUGAAGAUACAAGCAUGGGAGAAUCAUGAGAAGAGAAAAGCAGAAAUGGAAAUGAGGAAAAUGGAGGUGAAAGCGGAAAGAUUAAAAGCCCGGGCACAAGAGAGGUAUUCGAAUAAACUUGCUGCAACAAGGAGAAUUGCAGAAGAAAAGCGAGCAAACGCAGAAGCUAAACUGAACGAAAAAGCUAUGAGGACUUCUGAAAGGGCAGAUUACAUAAGGAGGACUGGUCACCUGCCCGCAUCUUUCUCCUUCAAGCUGCCGUCAUUUUGCUGGUAGCUUAUUUGAUUUACCACCUGCCAAAUCUGUCUGCCAUUUUUUGUUUCUCUCACUCCUUUCAUUUAUGUUCAUGUACAUGAAUCUUGUGGAUUCAUUUGGAGAAUGCCAAAAAUGUCUAAAAUUAAUUUAAUAUCUGGGAUCUGUUCCUUGUAAUAAAAUAGUAAUUCGUAAUUUAUAAAUAUUUG